CGCCUCUGUGAACCUCUCGACAGAGAGGAGCAUAUCGUACGCUGAUAACCAACACUCAGUUUCAUUUCUGGUUGUCAGAGGAGGAGGUCUCGUACAGAAAAUAGGAAUCAGUGUCAAUGGAAUUCAUCAAAUAUUAAUAUUCUGUGUAUGCUUUCAUUUGUGAACAAGGGAGUUCCAUCUUUAUUUACAGUGUUUGUUUUAAAUGUGAUGAUUUCAGGAAGUUCACAUAGUUUUUAUUAAAUGGAUUCAUAUUUACUAUGAACGAUAGAAUUUCUUUAAAUCAUCGUUGAAACUUCAAGAUAUAUGUGAAUAAAUAUUUUUUUUAUUUAUUCGUCAUUAAAUUCCAAUGAUUUCAGAACUUUGCAGGAUCAAAUAAUUAAAAAAGUGCAACAGUUGUCAUGCGGCGGUGAGUUGCUUUAAAGUAUCGUACUUGGUUAAGUAACAAGGCCAUUAAGUUGAUGGGAAUAAAUUCCCUAUAGAUAAUUCAUUACAGCAAACAGAAUUAACUGUAUAAUUAAUUUUUCGCAGUGUUAACCGCAUUCGCCUUUUCGGGUCUCCAAGACAUGUAUCGGGAACUGAAUGAGAAUGUUAGCAUCAGUUUGGAGGCAUAGAUUAUUAUCCACCGCGGAUUAAGACAAAUUACCAAAUCUUUGAUGCUUACUUGAAUGUUCGCUAAAAAUAUGCUAUGGAGACAAAUGGAAUAUGUUAAUACCCUAGGUACUGUAUCAAGCUCAAGUAUUUUGCCAAGAUGUGAUUGACGCCGGCAAUUAGUGAACUGACAUUGAGCCGCAAAGAAUGCAAUCGACGCAUAGAGAAAACUCAAUGGACACCUACAAAUUUUCCCGGACUUUUUUGGAGCUGUGGAGGUGCGUGCCUGGCCCUGGAGGGUGGGCAGUAAGGGCCUGGGUCUCUGUCCUGGCUAUUUCUGUGCUGUUUUGCCAAGUGUCAGGUUUCCGUCGCCGGAUAUCAGACCGAAGUCACGUGCCUCUAACCCCAGUCAUUCUGAAUACUACCACCUCCAACUACACCUACAUCGCUGGGGAGACGGCGAUUCUCUACUGUGCCGUGGAAAACUUAGGGACCAAAACUGUGACGUGGAGGAGAGCGUUACCCUCUGUCAUACUGACUGUGGGACUGUUCACUUACUUCGGAGAUUCCCGAUUCCAGACCCAUAAUGUGAUACACAAAGACCAGUGGAAUUUACACAUACGGAAUGUUAGUCUGGAAGAUGAAGGCAGGUACGAAUGUCAGGUCAGCACAAAGGCACGUGACAUUAGGAGGAGUUUUUAUCUCACGGUCAAAGAACAGACAUCCACUAUUCACAUUUCGGGUAAAACUUACGUAGAGAAAAACCAGAGAUUGGUCCUUUUGUGUAACGCCUCUAGCGAUUCUUACCCCCCGGAUGAUCUGGACUGGUUUAUGAACGGCCACAAGAUUGUGUCCAAUGAACGGGAAGGCAUAACGAUAACAAAAAGUGUCACAUACAGAAAUAAAACCAUUCGGAGUGAACUUGCAAUUGCGCAUGCGCAUAUGCAUCAUGCUGGAACUUACAUUUGUCGAACAUCCGAUAAAUUGGUUACAAAUAUUAAAGUGAACGUACUUAAUGGAAAAGACAAUGUAAAAAGAGGCACCAUCAUAUCUGAUAAGAGUCAAUUUGUUAAAGACGAGGAGGGACACACAGAUGGAAAUAUCUCCAGUCGCUUACUCGGAUCUUGGACUUUAUUAUUUGGAAUGAUUCUCUGUGUUGGGUCAUGAAAUCCUUACCAAAUGAACACUUAAAUCGAAACUUUUAUAUAAAGACAGAGAAGACAGUACCUUUGAGUUUCGAGGAUGUCGGACGGGGAAAAGCUGUAGCUGGAGGAGACUGCAACAAUCAAAGUCAAGCCUAUUCCCCGUCAGUGUCGGUCUCUGAAAUGACCGAGUUUUACACUCGCUUCUGAACUUCCUGGUACAUCCUCUGAUCAAGACAAGUCGCACCGUGCAAUAACCUCGUUGUACAUGACUUCUGAUAAACCGUCAGAUUUUUAUUCCUGUGAGGAUAAAUAUACUUGUUUUUAUAAAACGUGUUCUGUUGCAUAUUUUGUAACAUGGCUACUUCUUUAGUUAUUCAUAUUCAUAUUUGUUAAUCAAAUGAAUCAUUUUUCAGUUGUUGAUAAUUAAUAGAUACAAUAGAAAAAAAUUAAGAAUCCUUUUUUCAUCCAACAUGUUUCAUUUGAUACCUACCACAAAUGCAGACUGUUUUAGUUUGAUCAGUGUUACUUGCCUUUUGUAUGGACGAUAAGCAGACUCAAUCAAUUUUAUACUCACCAAUACAUCACACAUACAAUGUGUAACUCAUGCCGGUGAAGCAAGCACUGAUGUUUCACCUACUAAAAAUCAAAAUAUUUUUAAAAAAAUGAGAAGAAGUUAAAGAUUAAAAGUCCACAGCUUCAUAGAUAUAUGUUAAUAAUAGAAUAAUAGUGCAAUACAUCACCCAGGUUCUACUUGCUGUUUUGAAGUAUGUGUGGAAUAUGCUAAUUUUUGGAGGUAUAUUGUCUCUGUGAAAGAGACACACUUAUACUGACGUUAUAACUUUGAUUAGCUUUGCUUUGCUAUAAGCCUUUUUAGAUGUGAUUGCUUAAGGUCUGUUCAGUCUGCAGUUCAAGAAGAAUUUAAUUGAUAAACAAGAUUUUGUCGUUACGGGUAUAACAUAACCUAUUUAUGAACGGCGAUUCCGUUUAUGAAUGACACACCUGUUCAUCCAUUAUAUCGUUUUGGAACUGUUGUUUAUUUUAUUUUAUUUUUUGUAUUGUUGGUUAUUUCAAAUUCAAUGCUUGAAUAAAAUAAUUUUGUACAGCU